GACGGCGGACACUGCGUGGGGAGGCGGGCAACGACCGACAGCGAGCGAAAGAGGAGGCGGCCAGUCGGGAGAGCAAGCGGGAGUGGAUGCAGGCGAAUUUUUCUAAUUUGACGGGACCAGGGGUUUUCUGGAGGGAAUCGUGCCUUUUUUCCCAGGGACAGAGCUUGAGGCAGAGGCUGCAAAAGCAGCAACAGGAAAACGGAGGCGUGCACCCCAUCGAACUAAUUCAAACCGAUCCUGACUGGGCCAUCUUUGACUGGGAAAGAGAAUGUGGAUACACAUGCAACAGCACCAGAGUAUUUGAACCACUUGAACAAGAAGCAGAAAGAAAGGCGGUGACGGUCUGGGCUGAGGCGGAGGCUCGAACAUUUGUAGAGAAGUACCUCAUGUACCCAAAAAACUUCGAGAAGAUCGCAGCCUGCCUCGACGGCAAGACAACCAGAGACUGCGUCGAUUUCUAUUACCGCUUCAAGUUCAAGUUUGGCCUGAAGAGGAAGCUGCAGGAGUUGGAAGACGGGACACGGAUAAAGAAGAAGAAUAGGCACAUUGGCUCAAAGCAGAUUCGCAGGGAGGAGCUCGUGCAUGAGGCGGUAGCGGCUUUGUCAGCUGAGUGUGGAACGGAGCUCAUGCGGAGUUUUAAUGAUCGCAACUUUUUGCCAUUUGACGUUUACAGUGACCACCUGUUGCACAGAGAGGCCCUGCAUUCAACACUCAAGGACCCUGCGAGCUGCCGGGGAGAAGACUGGGGAGAGGGGGAAAGCGACAGCGCUGAGAUAUUUGUAGAGAAUAUGAACGACGGGUACUUCCUCCCAGCGACGACGAAAGGACUCGUCGUGCCCGGCCGUGUUGUGAGCAUUCCAAGUGAGGCGCCUCUGUGGGGACCGCCGCAGCGCUGCUUCGUGCCGGGCUGUCUACUCAUAGACAGUCCUGGCAGCCAGCCGCAGCAGCAGCAACAGCAAUUUAUGCUGCAGCAAGAGGCUGUCUCGGAUGGUGCAGCGGCAGCUGCAGCACCAGUUUCUCCCCCAGCUGCCCCGCUCCCCCUCACCCUGAAAUCAACUCAACUGGACACUCUCCUCACAUGCAUGCAAGUCGCCUCCCGCAGGUUUUGUCCGCAAGAUGACGAGGGGGGGCCCUCUUACAUGACGCGCUCCCGCGCAGCUCGGGCUCGCCCGGGGCCCUCUGGGCCCCAAGGGGCGCCUCCCAAUCUGCAGCAUUUGGGCGCAGCAGGUAUUCGUUCUGGCGCUGUGGGGGCUCCCAUGUUUGGGGGCGCUGGGGUCCCCGGGCAGCUGUCUCCUGCUGCAAGGGCAGUGGACUGCCUGCUAUCACGCCUUCGAAACAUUGUUCGCAGUAUGCACCAAAACACGCGAUUGGGCGCGAGGGAAAGAAGGCGGGGUAUUGCUGAAGACGUAGAGGUGGGGAUCCUCCCAGUGCCCGACAGUCCCGCUCCCUCCGUAAGGGCUGGGGAGGACGAGGUGCCUCCCACCAUCGCUGAAUGA